AUGGAACCAAGUAUUUCAACUGGCUUGGUGGGUUUCAUUACCACGAAUACCGAAAUAAGCAAUCACAUGAUGGCGUUUCGUGGCCUUCAGAACGAUUUGUGGUCUGACGGCAUAUUUACCCAGAAAGUAGAUAUGUUCAUGAAGCCAGAGUUACGAGAAGAUUCUGCAACACGAGCUGUUCGACAGUUGGGAAUGGGAGUGCGCAAACAGCAUCUGAAACAACCUCAGGAGGAAUCCGCAGUUGAAAAGCGCAAAAAGAAGAAGUGUCUUAAGGGGCCUGGGCUUUUCUGUGACCAAAUUCCACGUAAGUUUCAUAUUUUAUGUGCUGUGGUCAAAUAUUAGCA